UUCAUCAAAAUUAAGUUUGUUUCAUUCAUUCAUAUAUACUUUUAUGUGUUAUUUAAUAUAUUUGUGUGCUGCUUCUAGGUUACUCUUUCGUUACCAUUAAAACCUUAACAAUUGAAAAAACAAGCAUAGUAGGAAUAUCAGAGAAGAUGAGUUUAGGAAUAGAUUUAGAGAAUGAGAUUUUAGCGUGGCUUCCACCAAAAUCAUUGAUGCGUUUUAGAUGUGUUCAAAAGUCUUGGAAUCUUCUCUUUGAAACUCCUAAUUUUUAUAAAAAGUGGCGCAUGAACAUGUCCGAUUGUCGUAGUGAUCAUGUCAUAUUUUAUGAAAAAGAACCAUAUGUAACCCUUCUCUCAAGUGACAAUCUAAUACACAUCAGAUCCCUCUACUAUCAGGCCAUAGAAAUAAAAUCAUAUGGUAGUUGCAACGGCGUUUUCUGUCUCAGUGCCUUGUUUUGGUUUAAUAGUAGUUGGUUUGAUCAGUUAAUUAUGUGGAAUCCAGUGACUCGAGAGGUCCACCGUAUCCCUCCAACUCCCUGCCUUAACAGUGGAUCACCUUUGUAUGGUUUUGGUGCCGAUGAUCCCAACAGCACCGACUUUAAAAUUGUUAGACUACAUACCACUUAUGACGGGACAGCAGAAGUUUAUAGUCUAAGUACUAAAUCAUGGAUCCCUACCCAAAAUCCUCCUCCUUUUACUAUUAUCACACGACGACAUAACUCCAAAUUUAAUACUCUCGUUAACGGAGUUUAUCAUUGGAUUACAAACGAUCCAGACGACUACAAUUACAAUGGCGCAAAUAUUCUAUGCUUUGACUUUCGAAAUAAUCAAUUUGGACAACUUAUAGGGCCAGCCUUCUCAUAUGAAGAUUACAGCUUUCUAUGGGAUGAUGUUGCCGAGAUCGAGAGUUCCCUUGCUUAUGUUGCAUAUGUUUUGCAGUGUAAUUCACCCGAACGGGUCAGCUUGAAAAUUUGGGUAUUGGAUCAAAGUGGAUGGAACAAAGAGUACAAUAUUAACUUAGUUUCGCAUUUUCAUUUGUGCGGUCUUUGGAAGAAUGGUACUCAAUUCUUUGGAGGGUAUCUUGAAGGAUCGCUCACAUCACGUGACCGUCAAGGCAACACAAUUUGCCGAUUUGAUCAAAUUCCUGUUGGUUUUACUAAAUACUGGGUUCAUGAGUACAUGCCUAGCAUAGCUCCCUUAGGGACAAGACAAUAUAUAUAUGAUUAAUACAUGCAAGAUUUGUGGCCAUUGAUCAAUUUUCUUUACAAAUUUCUAUUGUAUUAUUGUAUUUUGAUUAUUGAAUAGUUUUUAUCAUUUACAAAUGCAACAAAUGAUGUCUUUAUUAGUUUAUUAUGUAUUUGAAACAAAUUCUAUAAAAAGUGGGUUUAGGAGUUUAGACUGAGGAAAAGUAUA